AUGCCGCCUUAUGAAGCCCACGAGAUGCGUCGUGGCAAGUACGCGAGAAUCGAUGACCCUGUCGACGAUGUCGAAACCCCGACGCGCUUCUCCUCCGAAUCCACCGGCACCCUAGAAGAUCUCGAAGAGCACGACCCACUUGCGUUCGAUAGCAAGAUCAGGCGCAAAAAGAGCGCCGGAGAUCUCAAGGUCCGGAAAGCGUCGUAUAGAGACAAUGAGUCUGCGGCGCCGUUCCCUACACAGCAAAGGAAGUCGCGAUGUGCACCGGGCCGCUGCUGCUGCUGGCUUCUGGUGUUUAUCGCCGCCACCGUCCUGAUACUUGCGUCGGGAGGCAUAUGGGCAUACAAGGUCUCGGUGCCCGAAGAUGGAUUGAGUCCACCGUGGUAUCCUUCGCCAAAGGGCGGCACCGAUAAGGCAUGGGCGGAUAGCUACAAGAGGGCUGCGGAACUGGUAAAGCAGAUGACACUGCCUGAAAAGGUCAACAUCACAACGGGAACAGGCUGGAGCAUGGACCUCUGUGUCGGCCAGACUGGGCGCGUAGACCGGCUGAAAUUUCCCAGCCUGUGUCUUCAGGACGGCCCAUUAGGUAUUCGAUUCGCCGACAAUAUCACCGCGUUUCCUGCCGGUAUCACUACCGGCGCAACAUGGUCCAAAGAACUCAUGUACCUACGUGGAAAGGCACACGGCAAAGAGGCACGACUCAAGGGCGUCAACGUUCUGCUAGGUCCCGCUAUGGGCCCUCUCGGAAGAAUGCCAGCUGGUGGCCGUAACUGGGAAGGAUUCGGAUCGGAUCCAGUUCUACAAGGUAUCGCAGCCGCGCAGACCAUCAAGGGCAUACAAGAUGAGGGGGUCAUGGCUACCGCGAAACAUUAUGUCGGCAAUGAACAAGAGCAUUUCCGGCAGGCAUGGGAGUGGGGCCUUCCAAACGCUAUCUCGAGCAACAUCGAUGACCGCACAUUGCACGAGAUCUACGCAUGGCCUUUUGCCGAUUCCGUCAAAGCUGGAGUGACCAGUGUCAUGUGUUCGUAUAACCAGGUCAAUUCCAGUUACGCUUGUCAAAACUCCAAGUUGCUCAACGGAGUCUUGAAGGAUGAGCUCGGCUUCCAGGGCUUCAUCCAAAGUGACUGGUUGGCACAACGUUCUGGUGUGGCUAGUGCUCUUGCGGGCUUGGACAUGACAAUGCCAGGAGAUGGCUUGCGAUGGGCCAAGGGCAAUAGUCUAUGGGGUCCUGAGCUCACGCGGGCAGUUCUCAACGGCAGCGUGCCAAUCGAUCGCGUCAACGACAUGGUUACUCGUAUCGUGGCAUCAUGGUAUCAAGUUGGACAGGACAAGUGGGACAACGAUGGACCAAACUUCUCUUCGUGGACCAACGACGAGGUUGGCAAGCUUCACGAGGGCAGCCCAUCGAACCAUGAGAUGGGUGUGGUAAAUCAGUACGUCAACGCGCAAGGAGAAGGGAAAGAGGCGCACAGCCACCUAGUACGUCGCAUCGCGGCCGAAGGCACUGUCUUGGUGAAGAACGAGGGCAAGACGCUACCCCUGGACCGCAAGGGUUGGAAGACUGGCGGCAAGGCUAAGACAAAGUUCCGCGUCGGUGUCUUCGGUGAAGAUGCACGUCUCCCUCAUGAAGGAAUCAAUCACUGCUCUGAUCAAAGUUGCGACGAAGGAACACUAGCAUCCGGGUGGGGAUCUGGCGCCGUGAACUUCUCCUAUCUAGUUGAGCCCAUGUCGGCCAUUCGGGACGCUUUCGACAACGAGACUGUAUACGUCACUGACUGGCUGGAGAACAAGCUUCCUAGCCAGAAGGAGAUCCUCGUAGACCAGGAUCUCUGUAUCGUCUUCGCCAACUCUGACGCUGGUGAGGGCUACGAGCAUUACGGAAGCAUACGUGGUGACAGGAACGACCUCAAUCUGCAAAAGGGUGGCGACAAGCUGAUCCAAGACGUUGCUAAAGAUUGUGGAGAAGGCAUGGGCGAUGUCGUUGUUGUCAUUCACACUGUUGGACCUGUCAUUCUCGAGAACUUCAUCGACAUCAUGAAUGUCAGGGCCGUCAUUAUCGCCAAUUUGCCUGGCACCGAGUCCGGCAACGCCAUUGUAGACAUUCUCUUUGGCGAUGUCAACCCGUCUGGCCGUUUACCCUAUACUAUUGCCAAGAAGGACGACGAAUAUGGUCCAGGCAGCAAGAUUAAGUAUCUUCCCAGUCCAUCCGAUGGUCUGGCGCCUCAACAGAACUUCUCAGAGGGUCUCUACAUCGACUACCGUCACUUUGACAAACAGAACAUCACUCCACGAUUCGAGUUCGGCUAUGGUCUUUCGUACACAGAUUUCAAGCUGUCUUCUCUAUUGAUCGAAGAGAAGGGCGCUAAAACACCCUUUCCCAAACCCCGACCUGAUGGCCUGGUACCGCCCAGUUACUCCACGGAAUUACCGGAUUCUAAGUCCGCGCUAUUUCCUGAAGGCUUCAACCAGGUAGAGCGAUACAUCUACCCAUGGCUCGACUCUACGAAGGACAUCAAGAAAUCCGAACCCAUGAACCCCGCCCCACCAUCUCCCCUCAGCGAAGCAGGCGGUGGCCCAGGCGGCAACCCCGAUCUCUAUACUACGCUAUUGACCGUAUCAGCGUCACUAGAAAAUGUGGGACCAGUGGAUGGCUCGUCAGUAGUCCAACUCUACAUUGCGUUCCCACAAGACUACAAGGAUCAUGAGACGGGCGAGCCUAUUGACUUCCCCAUCCGUGUGCUGCGAGGGUUUGAGAAGAUACAUCUAGAGAAGAACACAGGAAAGCUUGUGCAGUUUGAGGUGACAAGAAGAGAUCUGAGUUUUUGGGAUAUAAAGAGGCAGAACUGGGUGUUGCCUAAUGGCGAGUUCGGUAUUGGUGUAGGAUUCUCGAGCAGAGACUUACCGUUGGAGGGCAAGUGGUAA